AUGUUUGAUAGAUUAGAUUUUUUAAUCAUAAACAGUUAUUUAAUUAUUCAAUGUAAUGAAAAUGAAAUUCAAUCGAUUGGUUCAGUAACAUCAUUUGAAGAGUUAGAGGCAAAUUUAAAAUGUUCGAAUAAAAAUAAAUUACUACAACAUACAAUUGAUAAUGUACAAGUUAUUAAUUUUUCAAAAGUCAUUUUUAAGUGUAUUGGAGAUAAAAAAAUUCGAAUUACUGGACAUUUUGUUAGAUCAAAAUCAUCCCUUGAUAAAAGCAAGAAUGGAGUAGAGUGGCCCUUUAUUCAUACAGAAAUUAAAACAACAUCACCCAUCAAAAUGAAAUUUUUGGACAAAAAAGAAAUUGAUAUUAUACUUGAUGAAAUAAGUUUGAGUGAAUUGGCUAAGGAAAACGAUAUUUACAUUUACAUGGAUUUUGUUAAUCGUCCAAUGGUUUGUAGUUUCUUUUGGCAAGGUAUCGACAAGAAUACACAUGGCAAGUCUUGUGAUAACAUCCCUGUCAAAGAUUUUCAAAGUCCAACAUGUUAUUACAAGGUCAACAAUACAGUAGCACCUUCACGCAAAGAACUCGAAGAUAUCAUUAACGAAGUUUCUCCUUAUUAUUAUGAUAAAGAUCCAUCGAUUAAUUAUAUCUAUAUAGGACCUAACUCUGGUUCUUCAAACAAUGGAGUUUUGAAUAAUGCAACCAUAGGUGCAAAUAGUAUUACAAUACAAAACAAUAAAAAUCCAACAGGAAGUAAAAAGAAAUCAAAUAAAAAUCCAGUAGUAAUUGCAAUUAGUGAUAAAUCAAACAAUAAAACUCAAUCAAAUAAUGAGAAGAAAAACUCCAAGACAAUUCUAAUUCUUCUUAUAAUUUUUAUUUGUUUAAUUCUUAUUGUUAUUUCAAUUAUUUUUUAUUAUAAAGAAUUUUUAAAAAAUAAUAAUGAAUUAACAAAAAAUGAUAGUAAUACAUCAAAUGAAAGUCAAAUAUCCGUAUUAUCAAAUCCAACUGAAUUAAACAAUGAUGAUCUCAUUAUUCCUUCAUUAGAACAAAUCAAAAAUGAUAAACAACAAACUAUGCAACGAACAGCUACGAAUUGGUUCGAAUUAGAAGAAGAAAUUUAA